AACUUAGGUAUGUGUAUGUGCAAAGGCAUUGCAUUGGCAGUUUGCUGUGAGCGGUAAGAUAAAACACACCCCGCCUCUCUUUACUCCAUUAUAAGAGCAGAGCGGUACAAACUAUCCUUGCAGUGACACAUAUAAACGCACAAUGCGGAGCUUCACCUUUGUAACAGAUUUACUUCUCUGCAGUCUCAGCUGGAUCUCUGUCUCAGCGUCUGAGUCUCACACUGUGGAAGUCCAGUCUGGUGGAGACGUCACUCUGAUGUGCUCCAACAUUUCUAAAACUCCAACUCAGACAGAAUGGUUCAGAUCGAUCAAAAGAACCAAGCCCAGCUGCGUCUCCUCUAUGAACCAGUCUGAUAGCAAAGCCUUGUUCUGUGAUGGAUUUCAAAACAGAUUUGAGAUGAGCUCCAACAUCUCCACUGUCUUUCUUCAAAUAAAGAGAGUGGAGUUAUCUGACUCUGGACUGUGGUUCUGUGGAUUUUACAUGGACGGACAUACAGUCAUCUCCAAUGCAAUAUAUCUAAAAGUUCAAGGUGACGGUGAAUCUGAUUUUGGCGUGGAUUUAAAUACUGAACGUAAGGUUCUCCUUUUUUCGAUUAUGCAAGUUACCAGAGAGACAAUCAUUUCAGUCUCAACCAUGUUUUUAAAAACAGACUCUAAUUCUGUCCUCUGUCUUGUAGAGGAGUCUGAUGGAACGACAAAGGUCAAGAACGUGAUCCUGGGUGCUCUGAUUGUACUGACUGUUUUCCUCACGAUAGUGGUCAAUCAUCUAGCUGUCAAAAUCAAGAGACUUCAGAAAGCUGUGAAUGAAGAACUGCAGCCAGAAAGAAACCAGGAUCUGGGCUCAGAUGAACUAAACUACGCAGCUCUAAAUUUCAAGGCGCAACCCGAAAGAAGCCGUAGGCCAGCAUCAGAGAGAGAGCUGGACCCACAUGUUGUGUAUGCCGUAUGCUAG